AUGGAUGUUAGAUUUUCAAUUCCAGGUGUGGUCGUUAGAAGAUAUAUCAAUGACAUAAAGGGUAACGGUUUGUUUGCAGAGAAAUCAUUCAAGAAGGAUGAGAUUAUAUUUUCAGAGAGUCCAAUGUUUGCGGUGCAACACGUCUACAAUAGACCGAUUGCAUGGACCUGUGGAAACUGCUAUAGAUUCUUGGGUUCGCUCAACCGUCAGAUCCAACACUACCGCACCGUUUUCGGAGUCAAAGAAAAGACAGAGUUGGUAGCAUUCCCAGAGGGCACCAACCAAUACGAGUUCAAGACCGGUCUCUACAGCUGCUUUGCCAAGUGUGGUGAGAAGUACUGCUCGGAGGAAUGUCGGAAGACCGCCUUUGACAAUCAUCACCAGAUUCUCUGUGUCGGUGAACACACCCCAGAGACAUCGGCACUCUACCAAUUCAAGAAGCACGCCAUCGACAACAACGAACUCUUUUUCUUGGCGGCACAGGUAAUCUCUUUCCUGGUGUGUCGUGUCCAGCAGUUGCACAACGACCAGAACGGCGUGCGUGACAUUAUCUGCGCAGAACUCUUCAAACAAUAUACACAUCGUGCAUGGUGGGACGUCCGUAUCGACGGAAACUUCACAAUGGAGGAGGCCAAGCGUUGGUCUGCCGACUCACUCGCACUACUCCAAAAGGCAAUGAUGCCCAUUCUCACAUCACAUCCAAAGACCAACGACCAAAAGUUCAUUUCCACCAUUUUGAGUAUGGAUUUCUACUCUCAUCUGUUGGGUAUGCUCGAGAUGAACGACAACUCGAUCGGAUUCAAAUCGCCACUCGAACAAUUUAGAAAGAAUUUAAGCGCGAUCAACUCACCGGAGCAAUACAAACAGCAUUCCAAUAACGUUAUGAAAUCAGUUAUCGAAUCAUUUAGACAGUAUCACGCCGAACAAGAAGAUGAAUGCGACGACGACGAUUGUGAUCACGAUCAUGCAAUGGAGCAAGACGGACACGACCACAAAAGCGGACACGGACACAGCAGUCACGACGAAGAAGAUAUGAUGGAAGACGACGAUCACAUGCACGACGAAAAAGCUGAGGGAGAAGAGGAAGACGAUGAAGAAGUAUUCCCAGGUUUCGAUGGAUUCGGUGUUUUUGGACUACAGGCUAUGAUCAAUCAUAGUUGCGUACCAAAUUGUUUAGUAGUUUUUGAGCAAGGUAGCAGUUUGGCUUAUAUCAAAGCACUUCGCGACAUUGUUCCAGGCGAAGAACUGUUCCACUCUUACAUUGAAGAGUCAGCACCAUUCGAAGAGAGAUCUCAAGAGUUGGUUACCUAUGGAUUCAAUUGUGAUUGUCCUAAAUGUACUUCUGAACGACCAAACACAACAAGUAGCAGCACCAGCAGCACUACCACCUCCACAACAAGAAAAUAA